AUGACAGGUUCAUUUGAGCAACCUGAAAAGAUCAUGGAGGAGCCGCCGUUUGUCGAGACCGGCUUCCAGCGACUGAGACAUCUGACAUGGGCAUGGUUCACCUUCCCAAUGGCUACGGGCGGCAUGGCCAUGCUCCUGUCGCCCAAGAACCAACCACACACCUUCAACGGCCUAGAGACGAUCGGGGAAAUCGUCUACAUCUGCGACCUGUUCAUCUUCACGGUCAUCGUCACGGCCAUCACAUACCGGUUCAUACGGUGGCCCGGCACGCUCAAGGCGAGUCUAGUGCACCCGACCGAGUCACUCUUCUUCGGCACCUCGUUCCUCUCGCUGGCUAGCAUCAUUGCGGGCAUGGCUCUGUACGGCAUCGAGCACACGGGCCAUUGGCUGGUGGUGACGUACCGCGUUCUCUUCUGGCUGUAUUUCUGCUGCACCUUCAUCGCCGCCGUCGGGCUGUACUGCAUGCUCUUUACCAACCCGCGACUCAAGAUCCAGGAUAUGACGCCCGCAUGGGAUCUGCCCAUGUUUCCAUUCAUGCUUACGGGGACCAUCGCCGCCUCGGGGAUCGAGUACCAGCCUCACGCGGCCGCCAUGCCCAUGCUCUUCGCGGGACUGACGGCGCAGGGGUUGGGGAUGCUCAUCUCGAUGGGCAUGUACGCCAGCUACGUGCGGCGGAUGAUCAACUACGGCUUCCCGUCGCCCGAGUCGCGCCCGGGCAUGUUCAUCGCCGUGGGCCCGCCGAGCUUCACGGCGCUGGCCAUCAUCGGGCUCGCGGACCACUGGCCGCGCAACGGGUACGCCUACUUUGACGGGCCCGACGCCAUCACGCAACAAGUCGUGCGCAUCCUGGCCCUGCUGACCGCCGUCUUCAUCUGGUCCCUGUCGCUGUGGUUCUGGGCCAUCGGCGUCGUCUCCUGCCUCGCCGUCCGCCGCACCUUCCGCUUCCACCUCAACUGGUGGGCCUUUGUCUUCCCAAACGUCGGCUUCACCCUCGCCACCAUCAACAUCGGCAAAUCCCUCCACAGCAACCCCGUCCUCUGGGUCGGCUCCGUCAUGACCCUCCUCAUGAUCCUCCUCUACGUCUACGUCCUGUGUAACCACGCCCGCGCCGUUUGGCGCAAGGACGUCCUCUACGCCGGCAAGGACGAGGACCACUACCACAAGGAGCGCAUGGAGAAGAUUGAACGCGAACGCCUCGCUGGGCCCGAUCCAGAUCCCGAGAAAUGUAAUUGUGCCACAACCACGGGGCGGUAG